AUGUCUGUUGGAAACGGAUCGGCAUCCCGCUUUGACCGGGUUCGGGAAGCUCCUUACUAUGACGAGGUUCCUGUAGGUUCCUUGGCGAGGGAUCAGGGCUUCCCUUAUCCACUGGUAAACUACACGGACCACGAGCUUGCCUUGAGCGCCGAUCCCCUUCCGCCACCGCCUCUCCCCGAAAACCCCCCUGUGGGACCCGAGUUCUACCCCAGCGACACCGAGGAGCACAACGAUGACUCCAUGGACAUCAAACCUGUCCACCGCUUCAUCCCAGACUCCGUCAAGAACUUUUUCCGAUCUAGCAACCGCUGGUCCAUCCCACGAUCCACAACGGAAAAGGUCAAUGCUACCACUGAGGGCGUGCCUUGUUCCCCCCCGAACUCCCGCCCGCCCUCUCCCAACGAUGGAUUCGGGGCAGACUACUCCUCCGCUAAGGAAAGAGAUGUGAUGCCACUGGGAGCAGAGGCGCUGGAGUCGGUCUCGGGGCGUUCGCAACAAACAAGGAUGACCUACAGCGAGAAGGUGGAGGACUACAACCAACGUUACGCCUACAUGAAGUCGUGGGCGGGGCUGCUGCGCAUCCUCGGCUGCAUAGAGCUCCUUCUGGGGGCGGUUGUGUUCGCCUGCGUCUGCGCAUACAUUCACAAGGACAACGAGUGGUUUAACAUGUAUGGGUACUCCCAAGCAGGGACGUAUGGGGGAGGCUUUGGCGGGGGGUUCGGUGGGGGCCAAGCUAUGUACGGAACCGGGAGCCAGUACACAGGGCCCAGAACACCGUUCGUGCUGGUGGUCGCAGGAUUGGCUUGGCUGGUCACGGUUAUACUGGUCGUACUGGGGAUGUCCAUGUACUAUCGGACCAUCUUACUGGACUCCAGCUGGUGGCCAUUCACGGAGUGCGCGCUGAACCUGGCUCUGGGGAUACUUUACAUGGCUGCGGGGAUUGUGUACGUGAACGACACGAAACGAGGGGGUCUCUGCAACACCCCGUUUUUCAACAGCGGCCCCAACAGCGCGUUCUGCCGUACUGAAGCGGGGCAGACGGCCGCCAUAGUCUUCCUUUUCCUCAACAUGGUUCUGUACCUCAUAGGCGCUGGGGUUUGUCUCAAACUGUGGCGGCACGAAGCUGCCCGGAUGCGUCGGGAGGCAUGGGCAUUUGAGAUGAAAACUACAGGUUCCUCAGUACCACUACAUCUGGUGGGUCCAGGUUCCAGUGUAUCGGCACCUACACACAACGCCCCUCUGAUGGCUCGUCCAGAGGACACGGACGGUCGCGGGCCGUCUCCUGCCCCGGUGACGAUGAUGGAGCCUGAGAUUCUAAGGGGUCACAUUCCUGCUGGACACAUCCCCAAACCCGUCGUCAUUGCCGACUAUGUAGCGAAAUAUCCUUCUAUCCGUACGGAUGAGCAGCGAGACCAGUAUAAAGCUGUGUUUAAUGACCAGUAUGAGGAGUAUAAGGAACUUCACGCUGAGGUUCAAGCUCUGGCCAAGAAGUUUGAGGAGAUGGACAACCUAAUGAUGAAUCUACCCUCCCGCCCCUCCAGCCAAAUGGAAGAGGAGCGAAUCAAUCACAUCAUCCAAGAGUACAAACGAAAAAAGGCUGACCCGACAUUCCUGGAGAAGAAAGAACGUUGUGAAUACCUUAAGAAUAAACUAUCCCACAUCAAAUCGAAAAUUCAGGAUUAUGACAGCAGCACGAACUGGGACGAUUAUUAUUACUAA